GACAAGUCUAAUGUUACCUACUAUAACUACGGAAAGAAAGGGCACUAUAAGCGAGAAUGUCAAAGCCCGAAAAAAGAGUGGAAGCCAGUCCCUAGAAAAGAAAUUGCGGAUAUUAACGAAACUACUAAGAAUAUUACCAAAGUAGUAGCCACAAGCUACAAAGACAGGGGCAGUGACACGGAUAGUCUUAGAUAUGACGGUAACGGUAAAGACAAACAAGUACCGUAUUCCAAACUAGUCACUGUGGAUCUAGAGACAGGUCUUGCCGAAUAG